GUUCGAGCAAGCCGAUGCUCGUGGAAUUAUGUCCAGCUUCCAGCGUCAAAGUAACUGCACAUCAUCUGCCGGUCCUCUCGACGGAUGAGUAACGAAGCGUGGCCCGCUCUCAAGAUCGAGGACCUCGUUGCUAACCCAUGAUCCUGAGAUCCACGUGCAGGAUGUGUUCCGCGAAAGAAAAGUUGGGAAGGAGAUCGUAGAAGAUUCCAAGGAACAUGAGUUAGAAAGCAGUGGUCGCGUAUCUUGGGGAACGGGACACCAUGCGCUCGAAGGUGCGAGCCUGGUGGUGGAGAGGCGCCCUGCUCGGCACGAUGAUGCUAUUAUCUUGGACGUCUUCGUCGGAGGGUUGUCCGAGUAUGUGUGUGUGCAAAUGGAAAAGCGGUAAAGAGUGGGUGGAGUGCGCGAACCGGGACUUGAAAGGGUUGCCUCAGGGCGCUCGCGAAGAGACGCAGGUGUUGGAUCUGUCGAACAAUCAUCUGGUCAGUCUACCGUCCGAGUGUUUUCAGACUCUGGGUCUGGUCAAUCUGCAACGAUUGUACCUGAGCAGGUCGCACAUCAGUCGAAUAGCACCCAAGGCGUUCGCGGGUCUGGUAGGGUUGGUGGAGCUAGACCUGUCGGAGAACUUGAUCGAGGAAAUCCCAACGGAAACGUUUCCCUUUUACUCGAACUUGAUGAAGUUACUGUUAAACGGGAACCCUAUCAAGGAAAUUCGUCGAGGGGCGUUCCAGAACCUGCCGCACCUGACCAACCUGGAGCUGAGUCAGUGCCGGCUGGAGAGCGUGCAGCAGGGUUCGUUCGACGGGCUUCGUCAUUUGGAGUGGCUUCGAUUGGACGGCAAUCGGUUGACUCGUGUCCCGGAACAGACGUUACCGCUCGGCGGCAGUCUCCGUGGACUCACUUUGCACAAUAACCCGUGGCUCUGCGACUGUCGACUGCGAGCCACGCAGACCUGGCUCAAGGAAUCCGCUCCGGCGGCCCCGCAGGAGUCGGAGCCCGUUUGCGACGCUCCUCCUCGACUACGCGGCAAGCAGAUCAAGGCGGUGAAGGUGAACGAGCUCGCGUGCCUGCCACAGAUCGAGCUGCAGGAGCGAAUCGAGGCCAACGAAGGGGAUAAUGUCACGCUCAAGUGCGACGUCUACGCCGUGCCUCCCGCUAAAUUGUCCUGGUGGUUCAACGGCGAGCUCUGCGAGCUGCAGAACGAGAACGACUCGAUAUCCGCCUCCUCUGCCACGUUUCCUCGGUACGUGUACAGACAACGCGGCGGAACCAACAUGAGCAGCACCUUGCUGCUCUACUCCGUGGAGACGAUAAACGAGGGCACGUACACUUGCAUAGCCGAGAACGGUGCAGGUUCCGCGGAAGCGAACCUUUCUCUGCGAGUGCAGUUCCAGGAGAAAAUAACCGUGGAACCACCGAGCGAUCACUCGAGAUCGGGAUACGUGGUUGCGAUAGCGGCAGGUGCUCUGGUAGGCACCCUGUUCGCCCUGGGAUCACUGAUAGGCAGUAUCGUAUUCUGCAUGCGCAAGCGACGUCGAGAUCGCAAACGAAACUCCAAGGCUCUGGUGUCGCAGAACAAGUCCGUGAUGCCCAUCACCAAGGACACCGCCACUAGUCUUCCCUGUAGGAAGGGCAACGGAAGCUUGAUCGGUCUGGAGCAUCAGCAGAUCGUCUCGUACACCGAGAGGGAAAUGAACAGAGCCGCGACGUUGGAACGCAGAGAGCAUAGAAAUUUGGAGGAGCCUUACUGCAGUCCAGUCUCGAAGUACCUGACAGAGCCUGAUCUGAUCAACGAGGUCCCGGAGACGACGGAUGUGGGUUACGGUCAACUGUACCGUCAUCAGCCAGGAGAGCGACAGAUCCUGGAAUACGAUUCCGGGUACCCCCUUCAACCCGAUCUGCGUCCACCGAAUAUACCCCAGCUGAGCUAUCUGGAUCAAGACGGUUACCCUCUAAACUUCGGUUUACCCAAGAUACCGUUCAGCGCCGCGAGCACGUUGCCUCGACUGAGGCAGAGGAUGCCCGUCGAGGGUUCUGCGGUUGCCCCGCCAUCCAGGUACUCCAGGGAGGCGGAGUUCCUCGCCAGAUCUCCGGGAUACGACCCCGUAUUACCCAGGACCGAUGCCAGGUACACUGCCGAGGGAUAUCCGUACCCUGCGCAACAGCAGCCGUCGAUUCAACCCGUCGAGCAACCGAUCCAACAGCAACUGCCCGUGUCUCCGGUGUCACCGGUGGCGGUGUUCCCGGAGGUGCCGUUCAUUCCGUCUCCUCCGGCCGCGUACCGUGGCGAGACGACACCCCUCUCUCCCAGAUCUCUGCUGAGCAAAACUGCUCGAGAAGCUGCUGCCGCGGCCGCAGCCAGGGCGGAGGACCUGCAACCUCCUCACCAUCCCGAAAGUCCGGACGAGGGAUACGUCGGCGACGCGAUGGACGUCUAAAAAUCGACUAUCGAAGGUUCGACGAAUU